AUGGGGAUGGGGAUGGGUCCCCUGGUCCUGUGCCAGCAGCUCUUUCGCUGGCCCCACUACGGGAAGCUCAUCAUGGGGGAGACGCUGUCCAUUCAGGUUUACAACUGCAGCAAGGUUUUCAGCAACAGGUCGGUUCCUUCCUGGCUCCUGGGAACCCUGGAGCUCAGUCUCCAGCACCUGGUGACAUCUGGGAGGCUGGUCCUCCGGGAAGCGCUUGUCGACAGGAACCAUAAAGCCACUGGGAUCUACAUUGAGCUGGAUUUGCGGUACCAGCCCCCAGAUGGCUCAGCUGGGACCUGGGUUGAAGAGGACUUUGUCUAUCAGAUGACAGACAGUUCAGAGUUAAUAAUCCCCAACCCCGGGUUUGAGGAGCUGGAGACAGCUGAGGGGCCGAGGGCAGGUGAGCUGGACAGGAGGGCGGCUGCGCUGGGCAGGAAACUGGCCAAGGGCCUGGAGACUGAUGAGGAAGAGGAAGAGGAGGAAGAGGAUUUCUAUGACGUGUCUGAGAUGGAGGUCUCAGGCAUUGUCUUCAGCCCUGUGAAGAGCCGCUCCAGACUUUGCUCCUCCCGGGACCUCUUUGCCACCCCGACCCCUCAGAGCUUCCAGGUUGGAAUCAAUAUCAUCGAAGCUCAGAAGCUGGUGGGCGUGAACAUCAACCCCUUUGUGGUGGUCAAGGUUGGAGAGGAGAAGAGGCAGACGGCAACCCAGAAGUCGACCAACUGCCCCUUCUACAACGAGUAUUUUCUGUUUGAGUUCCAUGAACCCAGGGACAUCUUGUUCCACCGACUCAUUGAGAUCUCAGUUUUUCACUCAAAGAAGAUCCCGUUCCUGGGAAGGUGCAUUGGGACCUUCAAGAUGGAUGUUCUGACCGUGUACAGCCAGCCAGACCACAGGUUUUUCCAGAAAUGGGCUGUUAUCAGUGACCCCACAGACACCCGGGCGGGUGUGAAGGGCUUUGUCAAGUGCAACGUCUGUGUCACGGCCCGGGGGGACACUGUGGGCUCCCUUCCCACCUCCAGCAGCCGGGACGAGCACAUUGAAAGGAACCUGCUGCUGCCCAAGAGAGUCCCUGCAGAGAGACCCUGGGCCAGGGUCUGCAUCAGGCUGUACCGCGCCGAGGGGCUGCCCAGCAUGAGCGCCGGCAUCAUGGGGGGGCUCUCCAAGAUCAUCGGGGAGAACAAGGUCUUUGUCGACCCCUACGUGCAGGUCUCCUUCUGUGGGCAGCAGGGGGAAACCUCCGUGGAGACCAACACCACCGAGCCCGUGUGGAACGAGCAGAUCAGCUUCAUCGAGAUGUUCCCACCUCUGGCCAGGAAGAUCAAGGUGCAGGUGCUGGAUGAUGCCAAUGUUGGGGACGUGGCCAUCGCCACACACUUCAUUGACCUGCAGCAGAUCUCAGACCCUGGCAGGAACGGCUUCAACCCCACGUUUGGCCCAGCCUGGGUGAACCUCUAUGGGUCUCCCCAGAACUCAGCCCUGCGGGACGUGCACAGGGAGCUCAACGAGGGCAGGGGAGAGGGGAUCUCCUACCGCGGGCGCGUCCUCAUGGCCAUCGCGGUGGAGAUCUUCAGCAGCCCCAGCCUGGCAGAGAGGAAGCUCGGGGACAGGAAAAAGGGGGCCCUGAGCAAGCUGAAGCUGAAAAAGAAAAGCAAGAAGUCCAAGGAGAAAGCCAAAGAGCUGAGGCAGCUGCAGGGAGAGGAGGAAGGGGGGGGGGAAGCCUUUCAGGAGGCUGAGCAGCCCGAGGAGGUCAUUGUGGAGGUGGAAGAGCUUCAUCCCCUCCCCGAGAAUGCCUUGGGGAAGAAGGAGGAAUUCCUCCUCUUUGCUGCCUUCUUCGAAGCCACGAUGAUGGACUCCUCACUUGGCUCCAAGCCUGUCAGCUUUGAAGUCUCCAUAGGAAACUAUGGCAAAACUGAAGAGGCUGUGACCAAAGUACAGAGAAAAGUGGAAAAAGGAGAAGUGAAAGAAGAGAAGCAGCCUUUGCUGGAGCCUGGCUCAGAUGGGGAGCUGGAUGCUGAAGACCUGGCCCCCUCCUCAGCAGCUCUGAACAAGUCAGUGACAAAAAGCCAGAGACCUGAGCCCAUGGAUUAUGACAGGUCCUACAGCUGCCUGCCCAUGACCCACCAGAAGCCCUGCGUGUACGUGUGGAGCUACUGGGAGGACCACACCUGGAGACUCUGCAUUUCCAACUGGAUUGUCAAGCUGGCCGAGCGCCUGGAGCAGGGCCUGGAGGACGUGGAGAAGCUCCUGAGGAGGCCAAAGGCUAAAGCAGAGGAGCGGCUGCGGGAGGUGCUGGAGGAGCUUGUAGCUGGGUGCAGGCAAUUCUCACUCAGCUCAGAGAGGAAAACCAUGGCCCAUCCCAACAACCUGGACAGAUGUCGGACAAAAUACCUGACGUACAACAUUGUCCUGUGUGCCAAGCAGGGGCUCCGUGCCCGGCGGCGCCUGACCCGGGGCAACGUCCAGGAGAAGGUGAAGGAGACGAGGAGGAUCCUGACGAAGCUGCGCUUCAUGGCCAAAGAGGGCUCCCCCGAGUUCCUUGGCCAGGCCUUUAUCCGUUGUUUAUUAAAACAGUCUGCAACAGAUGAGCCCUACACCACACCUGCCCUGCAGUUCUUUGACAUCUACAGAGGCACCAGGGCAGCAGGGGAGCUCAUUGCCACUUUUGAGCUGAUCGAGCUGGAUUACAGGGGCCAUUUGGAGCCUUCAGUGCCCGAGGACGUGGAGCCCAAGGAGCCCGAGUACCUGGGAGACCCUCGUGCCGGACGGUUCAUCAUCCCUGAGGGCAUCCGGCCUGUCCUGAAGGAAUUCCGCAUUGAGAUCCUGUUCUGGGGCCUGCGGGACCUGAAGAGGGUGAACUUGUUCGAGGUGGAUGAGCCCCAGGUGAUCAUUGAAUGUGCUGGCAAGAAGGUGGAGUCCGAGGUGAUCGUGGCCUACAGAGAGAACUCCAACUUCACUGAGCUGGUCAAAUACAUGGACGUGGAGCUCCCAGAGCAGGUCUACCUGCACCCUCCCCUCAGCAUCUUCGUGGUGGAGAAGCGGGCGUUCGGGCGCACGGUGCUGGUGGGCACCCACAUCGUGUCUGACGUGAUGAAAUUCUCUCCCAAAGAGCUGGAGGAAGAGCCAGAAGUCCUGCCCAAAGCCAGGAAAGCCUCAUCCCAGCGACCCCCCCCGCAGGCUGUGGGUGACCCAGGUCCCAGCACUCACCCUCUGAGUCUGGUGAAGGCUCCUUUCAAGAAAAUUCCCCUUAACAAGCUUGGAAAGAAAGAGGAUGAAUAUGAAGAGGAAAAACCAGAGCUGGAAGAACUGGAUUGGUGGUCUAAGUACUAUGAGUCCCUGAAGGAGCUGUAUAACCAGACACGCAGUGAUGAGGAAGAUGCUGACAACGAUGACCUGAAUGAUGCAGAUGGAGGGAAUUUAAACACAUGCUCCAUUGAUAUGGAAGCAGAAGAUGAGGCAGUAAUUGAAGCUGAACCUGCACGACCCAAGAGGAAGCUCAUUGCCACCCUUCAGAUCUACAACUCUGAGCUGGAAAACGAGUUUGGUAAUUUUGAAGACUGGUUGUGCAUUUUCCCCCUGCACCGUGGGAAAGCAAACGAGGAUGAGGAUGGAAAUGAGGAUGAACAUUUAGUGGGGAAGUACAAGGGCUCCUUCUGUGUCUACCCCACUGAGGAGGCUGGCCCAGAGCCCAGGGUCUCCCAGGGAGUUCCAAGGAACAGGCCCAUCAAGGUUCUUGUAAGAGUUUACAUCAUUAAGGCCACAAACCUGUCUCCAGCAGACCCCAAUGGCAAGGCAGACCCCUACGUGGUGGUGACUGUGGGGCAGGAGCAGAAGGACACCAAGGAGCGAUACAUCCCGAAGCAGCUCAACCCUGUCUUUGGAGAAGUUGUGGAGCUGACAGUCUCCUUUCCCCUGGAAUCAGAACUCACCGUGGCAAUAUUUGACCAUGAUAUGGUUGGAUCUGAUGAUCUGAUUGGGGAGACAAAGAUUGACUUGGAGAACCGAUUCUACAGCAAGCACAGGGCCAACUGUGGAGUGGCUUCACAGUACAACAUAAAUGGCUACAACGUGUGGCGAGAUGCCUUCAAGCCCACACAGAUCUUGGAUAGUUUAUGCAAGAAAAACUCCCUCCCCGCAGCAGAGUACAGACAGGAGGAGGUUAAAGUGGACAAUAAAAUUUUCAAGAUCCCUCCAGAGGCUUUUUCUGAAGAUGCCUCUGUGAGGAACAAGAAAGGAAGGACAGAUGAGAACUGGUCAGUGGAUGAUGAACAUAAGGCUCUGUACGUCCUGCAGCACUGGGAGGAGAUGCCAAGAUACGGGUACAAGCUGGUGCCAGAGCAUGUGGAGAUUCGGUCUCUGUACAACCCGGAGAACCCUGGGCUUGUGCAGGGCUCCUUGCACAUGUGGAUUGACAUGUUUCCAAACGACGACCCCGCACCCCCGCCUNNNNCAUUGUCACCCCCGUGUCCUUCCCACAGCUACGAGCUGCGUGUGAUUAUCUGGAACACGGACGAUGUGAUCCUUGAUGAUGUCAACCCCGUGACAGGAGAGCCCUCCAGUGACAUCUAUGUGAAAAGCUGGAUAAAGGGUCUGGACCAUGACAAGCAGGAGACAGAUGUUCACUUCAACUCCUUGACCGGGGAGGGCAAUUUCAACUGGAGGUUCAUCUUCCGCUUCAACUACCUCCCGACUGAGAAGGAGAUCACCUACAAGAAGAAGGACUCAGUCUUCUCUGUGGAGGAAUCAGAGUUUCGGGAACCAGCUGUUCUGGUCCUCCAGGUCUGGGAUUACGACAGGAUUUCAGCUAAUGACUUCCUAGGCUCCAUCGAGCUGAAGCUGCAUGACAUGGUGAGGGCAGCCAAGAGCUCAGAGCACUGCACCAUCAGGAUGGCCAAGGAGAGCGCGGCGCCGCGCUUCUCCAUCUUCCGCAACAAGCGCACGAGGGGCUGGUGGCCCUUCAUCAAACUCAGAGACCUGGAGGAUGAAGAGAGAGAGGAGAGGGAGAACAAGCAGAAGAAGAAGAAGAAGAGGAGGAGCCGCUCAGUCAAACCAGAGGAUGUGGAGUUCACAGAUCCCAGUGGGAACAAGUACCUGCUGACGGGUAAGGUGGAAGCAGAGUUCCAGCUGCUGACGGUGGAGGAGGCUGAGAAAAGUCCUGUUGGUUUGGGCCGAAAAGAGCCUGAACCCCUGGAGAAGCCCAACCGGCCAAAAACCUCCUUCAACUGGUUUGUGAAUCCCAUGAAGACCUUUGUGUUCUUUAUCUGGAAGCGGUACAAGAAAUACAUCAUUGUGCUCUUCAUUGUUGCUGUUCUGACCAUCUUCCUGGUUCUUCUGAUCUACACCAUGCCUGGGUACAUCAGUGAGAAGAUCAUCAAUGGAUAA